AAUAAAUAAAAAAUAAAAUAAAAUAAUAAAAAAUAAAAUAAAAUAAAGAAUGGGUUCCUAUUUCGGAAUAUCUACUAUUUUGGUUCUAUGUUUGCUGGGAUAUUCAGCCAAUGCCGAGGUGUUCAGGGUUCCUGGUGCUCCAGGUUCUGAUAUCACUCAGGCACUUCUAAAAGCAUUCACAUCGGCAUGCCAAGCUCCGGCACCGAGCCAGGUGUUGAUCCCAAAAGGUGAGUACAAGCUUGGCGAGAUCGCGAUGACAGGUCCAUGCAAAUCUCCAGUCGAGAUCACACUGCAAGGCACUGUCAAAGCUGACGGUAAUAUGCAAGGAAAGGAGAGAUGGGUCGUCUUCGAAAAAAUUAAUGGGUUUAAGUUGAACGGAGGUGGAAUAUUUGACGGUGAAGGCAAUGCAGCUUGGAGGACCAAUAACUGCCACAAGACUUUCGAGUGCAAGAAACUUCCCAUCAGUUUACGGUUUGAUUUCGUGGAUAACGCUGACAUAAGAGACAUAACCUCAAUGGAUUCAAAGAACUUCCACAUAAACGUUAUCAGUGGCAAGAACAUGACAUUUGAUAACAUCAAGAUCAGCGCUCCAGCAGAAAGCCCCAACACUGACGGUAUCCAUUUGGGAAGAUGUGACGGAGUCAAGAUCCUCAACUCUAAGAUCGCCACCGGAGAUGACUGCAUCUCGGUCGGAGACGGUAUGAAGAAUCUUCUCGUGGAGAAAGUCGUGUGUGGUCCUGGACACGGAAUCAGUGUUGGAAGCCUUGGAAGGUACGGCUUUGAAGAAGAUGUCGCAGGCGUUAGGGUUGUGAACUGCACCCUAGUGGGUACUGACAAUGGUCUCAGGAUCAAGACAUGGCCAUCUGCUAAAUGCACCACCACAGCCUCCGGUAUUCAUUUCGAGGAUAUCAUCCUUCAAAACGUUAGCAACCCAAUCCUCAUCGACCAGGAGUACUGCCCUUGGAACCAAUGCAACAAGCAGAAACCAUCAACGAUUAAGCUGGUGGACAUAAGCUUCAGGAAGAUUAGAGGAACAUCAGGAAACAAAGACGCAGUGAAGCUAUUGUGCAGCAAGGGGAUUCCAUGUGAGAACGUUGAGAUUGGAGACAUUAACAUUGAGUACAAAGGAGCCGAUGGUCCACCCACUUUCCAGUGCUCUAACGUCAACCCUAAGCUUGUCGGUACCCAGGUCCCUAAGGCUUGUAGCGGUGGAUCUGCCGUCAUGGCACCUGGCUCCUCCUCCUAAGUAUAAUGUAGGGCCUUCAUAUCCAAUUUUGUUUCCCAUUCUUUUAAACUUUUUUCUUGAAAGUCACAUAAAGGAGACUUUUGAAAAAAACUGUAAAAAAAAAAAAGUUUCUUUUUGAUGCCAACACAUGUAUUUAGAUGUGUGCGUGCAUACUGAUGUAAUAAAACUAAAAGAUUUAUAUAAUAUCUUUUCUGCAUACAA